ACUGCUUUUUCGUGCUAUUGUUUCGGAUUGUUUUAUUACAGGAUUCCUCUAUCAACACCGUUCGCUAAGUUAGUUCAUUGUUACUACUGCGUACUGACUGAGAGCUAACAAGUUGUGUAGGUGGGGGUCAGGCGCCCACUCAGUUCAUGCUUGACGUCACUUGCCGAUAUUGCAACUUUCUAUGCAGUGUCGCAUUGACUGUCACUGUUUCACGGGAGAACGUGGUGAGUAGACACACGCAGAGAACCAGGGAAGCCGGCACAGUAGCUCACUAUAGAAACCUGAUUAAUUCUUGUACGAGCAGCGGUGGAAGCAAGACAAGUAAUAUACAGUCUCAGAUCUGUCAAAGAGUUUUAGUGUUUUUGACAAGAAGAUGUUUUGCAGCUCCUAUUUCCAGCUGCUAGAACACUAUUGUCCAAAUACAUAUAGGAUCAGAAGCUUUUUACUUAGGAAGCGCCUGACAACGUAACCAGGAGUUCUUUCUCAGGCCAGUGGACUUGUCGCACCCAAGCAACAAACACUUCUCACUUCUGUAAUCCUUCCCUUAUUGAAUCUGACAUCUUUCGUCAAGCCAUGAAACGACUCACUACAGUUGGCAUUGUCUUCUUCGUUUGUUUGUGCUUCAGUCUCCAUGGUAACAUAUCUCUCAGUCUGCCUAGAGAAUAUUGUAUAAUCGGUGCUGGACCUUCCGGUUUACAGAUUGCUUAUUUUUUCCACCAAGCACAGAGAGACUACGUUGUUUUUGAGAGAAGUGAUAUUGUAGGAAACUUUUUCUCCCUAUACCCUCGACACCGGAAACUCAUCAGCAUCAACAAAAGAUACACAGGGAAAACCAACAAAGAAUUCAACCUCCGUCACGACUGGAAUUCUCUUUUAAGUCAUGACGAACGUUUACUCGUCAAGCAUUACUCCAAGGAUUUUUAUCCUCACGCCGAUAUCAUGUUAAAAUAUCUUGACGACUACAGAAUAAAACUGGGAUUAAAGGUUCAGUUCAACACGGACAUUCGGAAGAUAGAACAAAUCCUAAACAUCACAGCGGAAACUAUGUUUAGUUUCUUUCUGGAAGACCAACACCAGCGGCAGUACAUCUGCAGAACAGUCAUAGUGGCCGCAGGACUAUGGAAACCACAUGCUCCCACGUUUGAGGGGUCUGAACAUGUUAUUGGAUACGAGUCUAUCUCUGUGAAUCCGACCGAGUUUGAGGGUAAGACUGUACUGAUAUUAGGCCGGGGAAACUCGGCGUUUGAAACAGCCGAUGCCAUAUAUGGAAGGACAAACAUGAUUCAUAUGAUCAGCCGAUCGAGAGCACGCCUCUCGUGGAACACGCACUAUGUGGGUGAUCUCAGGGCUAUCAACAAUGCUCUGUUGGAUAACUAUCAACUAAAGUCAUUAGACGGAUUGAUUGAAGUGCCUGUACAGCAGCUUAAGCUUCGCAAAAUAAAUGGAAAAAUUUUCGUUGUGAAGCCCGACCAGAACACUACUGGAAUUGACAAAGUUUUGUUGGACACGUGGGACAAUUUUGCUUUGAGAGAAGGUUACGACGUUGUCAUCAGAUGUCUAGGUUUUGAUUUUGACGACGAUAUGUUUCCCAAUACUUCCAAACCAAUACGUAGCACUGGCCGCUAGAGAAAAUACCCUAUUAUAUAACAAAACUAUGAGUCUUCCAAUAUACCAGGAAUGUUCUUUGUAGGAACAGUUACCCACUCCCUUGACUUUCGGCGAUCAUCUGGUGGAUUUAUACAUGGAUUUCGAUAUACAGCUCGCACAUUGUUCCGGAUCUUAGAAUGGAAAUAUUACUCAACACCUUGGCCAGCGAUAUCUCUGCCUUUAAAACACUUUUUAAACUGGAUCAUAAAGAGGAUCAACGAAGGUUCGGGUAUUUACCAGAUGUUCGGUGAACUCGGAGAUAUUUUCAUGUUGAAAAGGAAUAAUACAAGGGUUGAAAUAUUGGAAGAAUUCCCUCUCCAGUUGCUGUCUCAUCUCCACACCUACGCUGGACAUAAGGCGGAGGAGGUGAUUGUCUUGUCCAUGGAGUACGGAGAGAACUUCUCCGGACCGGGGAAAGAUACCCUACGAGAGGAUCGUGCCAUCAGUGACGUUGAAGCUGCCUACAAAUCCAACUUCCUUCACCCUGUCUUCUAUUAUUACGAGAACAUUCCAAAUGAGACACAGUUCGUUCGAAGCCGCUCAAUUCUUCCCCCUCCUAAACGUAUUCAUCACGUCUUGGAAGACUUUCUUACAACAUGGACUGCAGAAGUUAUGCACAUCUUGCCGCUUCGUCGCUAUUUGGAAAAUUCCGUAGAUCGUGAUCUCCGAAGUUUCUUUUCAAAUGACUGCCUCCAGAUGUCGCUAACUCAUUCUUCACCGCCUUUGUCUUGCGAGCAAGGAUUUUUGAUGGGUCAAGGACUGAGGUUACAGAAAUUUAUGAUAAAAUAAAACUAUCUUAUUACGAGUAUAUUUUGUAAUGUAUUGAAGUGGCAUAGAAGUAAUAAGUGAGAAACAGGUCGUCACUGCUAAGCCUUUUUGCUGCUUGGUGUCGCGUUUACAUAGGCAUUGCUGUCUAGGGACCAUUUGGGUGAAAAAUCAUAAUCCUAUAUUUUAUUAAAUGAAACGUCUCUAAAAUGUUAAACUUUAGAGAAUUUGGCUUAUAGACUAAAUUACAUUAAAUUUUAGCACAUUAAUAGUAAACAGGCUUAGAUAUAUUAUGUGUUUGUGUUAAUCAAUUUCAAUAUAUAUAAUUAUGUACAAAUUAGAAUACCCAAGAGCUUUCGGAAGGUUGAUCUCUUAAAACUGUUGGGUUUCUUGAAUUGUGGUUUAUUUUUUUUAUCCUACAUGGUUCUUAAAUAUCAUGAACAUAGUUAUAAACUACAUCCAAGUGCGCAUAUAAAAAUAAAAGA